AAAUCUCUUCCCACCCAUUAAUUAAACCUCGCUGUUGUUAACAAACCUGAGAAUCCUCUAUCUCCCAGUACUCCCAUGGCUGCCCCCUCAAGCAGUGGGAAUAAUCCUGCCGCCUUCACACCUUCUGCAGACCAUGAAGGCAUUCUCCUUCCUUUCCAAAACCUUUGCUUGGCCAGCAAAAGCUUUAGCGAUAAUAAUUAUCUCCUCCCUUCUCACCAGAGCCAUAAUAAUCUCAACCUGGCGGCGCCGCCAUUGAUGAGUUCUCCCCCCGAAGAGAACCAAGAACAAUGGAGGAGAAUCACCCAGCAGCAGCCUCUGCCCACACUACCCAGAACUCCUGGGAAUCUCUGGGCACCUGCUGGCACUUUAUUCACUCCCAGAACAGAAAACAACAGCCAUGGUGAAUGCAGCAGUUCUUGGAAUCGCCAACUUGGGGAUGAUCGAAAUAUAGGUUAUUAUGAUGGGUUAUUAGUUGCAAUGGCGAAAACGCAGAGGGGGUCAAUGGAACUGAACAAGUGGCUUAGGAGUGGGAACCGGAGGGAGAGGCAAGAGAUUGUGGAUGGGGUUAUCAUCGGUGGGUGCAUAUUUGAGGUGAUGGUGCAUAGAUAUGGGCACCGUUUCUUCAUUAGUCUUCUCGACUUUUGUGAUUCUGUUCAGCUUCACGCCAUCUUUGUCACCUUGACGGCGGACCGCGAGUUGUUUCUCUCCCUAUCUCUUCUCAAGCAUGGCUUCAUGGUUUUGGCAGGUCAAGUGCCGUGCAGGGAUUCAUCAAGAAACUUAAAAGGACAGGGUUGGGCCAAUGUAUUACAUUAAUACUGUCUAGUAGAUUUGUGGAGCUAAUGAAAAGUGAACAUGGUA